AUGUAUAUUAUAGGAGAAGAAGUAAGUUUACUGUUUGUUGGUGAUGUCUCCUUUUCUACGCCCGUGAAAUAUUACGUGGAACAUGGAUAUCACACGUAUAAUGACUCUUUCAACGAAGUGGCUCCAUACAUAAGAAACGCUGAUAUUUCAGUGGCCAACUUGGAAUCUCCCUUUGUAAGUAAAGAUACAUAUCGCUUCAAGUUAAAGGAAAAGUUUGUCGUGUUAGAUGCAAGUGCAGAUGCCGCGGCAGCCUUAAGGUAAUUUAUACAAUAGCCCCAAUAUUCUUAUGCGAGUCGUCGAUUACACAAAUGUAAAAAGGCCUUCAAGGAAUUUACACUUAAAAGUGAAUAACACAAAUACACAGAUUCUUGGAGAAAUGGAAGGUUGCUCUCCCUACAUAUUAUAAAGAGCCCUUGAGUAGCGUGCUAGUCAUAAAAUAAAAUAUAUAUAUGUUUUUGACUGAGCUCAAAUUCAUAUAACUUUAUUGCUUGCCUUCCGUCCAUGUACCGGUAAAUCGUAUUGUAAAUAUUAGAAUCAUUCUUGUGCAGUGGUAAAAACGUAUAUCUUAGUUUAGUUUAGUCCGUAUAAUAAGUUUAACAAGACCUGGUCAAUAUCUACCGGUACUAUCCCUUUUUUUUUCUUAUGCACGGAAACACUUCCACCUGCGUGCACCUGUUCUUUUUAGACGCCUUCUAAACUAGCCAUUGACAAGGCUAUUGGGUAGGCGUUAGGACAACCUCUUGCCAACCAACUGAGACUAGACAUAAACGUUUUCUUAAUUCUUUCUAACUAUAAGUUGCGUGUUGCCCUUGCUGCUCUGAAAGUUAUACAUAAGCCGGCGUAUCUAAUCGAAAAAUGAGGUAACGAGAGGUUGUACUUGGCCUUCUCUGCUUCGUUGGCCAAAAUUAGUGGGAAAAUCAAAUAAAUCGCGCCAUUCCGUUUGGGAAGUUUCAGAAAAUAUGGGCUGUGGUUUCAGGCACUGCAACCUUUCCAUUCUUUGGCUUAAGUCUCAGUUAGCUUAUUUGGAUGUACACGUCAAAUUUUAGGCCUUGUCCACAAGUAUCCGUAUACUAUUGACUCCGCAACCUUUUCUUUCCGGAUGCAGCUACCGUCCACACAUGAUAAUAAUAAUAAUAAUAAUAAUAAUAAUAAUAGUUUGCCAUCCAAACGCAGAUUCGUAUCGAGAACUGUCUCCGAAACAGAUAUUCCAACACAUGUCAAAGGCGGGUUUUUAGGCCAUUGUCCAAGCACAGGUGGAAUCCGAUUAUACUAUUGACUACGCAACAACCAUAUCUUGGAUAAGGGCGAAAGUAUCCUUUGCCAUUUACGAUCAGCCUUGCUGUGUCUCAGAGGAACCAGGAGCAAGAGAAGAGCAGCCAAUAUAUCUGACAUUGACAUUACAUCGUCCAGAAUUUAAGUAGUAACUUUUUAUCAGUUUGAAUUUCUUAUUUUUAAAUAGUUUUUAUUUUUUUUAUCAACUUUUUGAUGCUUUUUAUAAUUGUUUUUAGUAGUCUUUAGAUAGUCAUUUUACAACAAUUCUCUUUCGUAGACAAGAAAAAUGUACAUAGGGUAUGUAUUUUAAUAUUUCAUAUUCUUGAAUCUGUAAAUAGUCUAUUUUUUUUUUUAAAUCUAUGAAUAAAGUCUUGUUUUAAUAAAAAAAAAAAUAAUAAUAAUAAUAAUAAUAAUAAUAAUAAUCAAGACUAGUUCUUUACCGCGAACAUUGUAUUCAAGAUGGCAACCUCGUUCCCAGGUUCUCUCAAGGUAGAGCAAGAUGCAAAUUUCGCGCGCUUUACGACGCAUGCUCUGUUGCCAAUAUUCCCAGAGGAGUCCUGGGUACUAGAGUGAAUCCGGAUAACUUGACGGUAAAAUCAGAUUUGAAAACGGAUACUUGUGGACGUGGAAACUGUUUGAAUCCGGAAAAAAAAGUUGCGAAUUCAAAAAUAUCCGGAUACGUGUGAACGGGGCCUUUAUAGUUUUAUGUUUCUGAACAGAAUUUCCACUCGCGUGGUUUGGGUAAAUGCAUUCUCGUUCCCCGAACUGCGAUCCUUUUGGUCAGCGGCAGGGGUCCCCCACGCUGACCAAAAGGAUCAAAGCUCUGGGAACGAAAAUGUUAAAAAAUGGUAAGCACCGUUUGUCUGCAAUGGACAAGGACUGCCUGUCAAGGCAAAAAAUGUGUUUAGAUUUUUAGUCGACUGCCCGUCUACAUCUAAACUGAAAGGAAUCUUUAUUUGUAUUAGGUUUGCAGGAUUUGACGCUGUUACGCUCGCUAACAAUCAUUUCAACGACUUUGGCACAAAUGGGGCCAAGUUUACAAUUGAGGUUCUAAGGAAGACAGGAAUAAAAUAUUUUGGUGUCAGUUAUGGGGAGUAUAACACAUCCCAGGUAUUGCUUCCGGUAACUAAUAGGCUUUGAUAGGUCUUGAUAGGUUUGUGCUAGCAUAAUUUUUGGCAUAAUACGUCAUUACGAACUUAUUUUUCAUGUAUUUUCAGGAAAAAGCGCUGCUAGCAUAAUUUGCACUUUGGCUGGUUUUGCAGCACAAAAUUGUCAUUUAUUGAUCAAGCAACCAUUUUUUUUUUACCUGAGAUCAGUGUUUUAGGCAAAUUUAAGCAACAAAUCAUUUUUUGUCUACUAAUUGUCACAUUUAUGGGACCUGGAUCCUACAGGAAGUGACCUAGGACCUUGCACCAGACCUAACGCAUGCGCGUAACUGCCUCGGUUACCCAAGAUGGUGCCCUCGUGCUGGUUUUUAAUUGUUUGACAGUUUAUAUCAGACAAUGAAUUAUUCACUCUUAAAGUUCCUAGGUGUAAAUAGGGUAAAUGGGUUUGCCAUUUACUUGUUUUUGUUUUUUUUCCACACUUAUUGAGGUGUUUUUACCAAAUUGUAAGUAAAAAGUAGAAGCAUAAUUUCUGCACGUUUUGCUAAAAUGAGCAUAAUUUACAAAAACUAGCAUGAUUAUUGCAGGAACCUGUUAUCGUGGAGGCAAAAGGAAUAAAGAUUGGAUUCCUUGGUUAUUGCGAUUCGCCUUCCUCCUCUGACAAAAACUGCUCUGAAAUAAGAAAGAUGUUUAGUGCUGGUCCUGCAGUUUAUAGCGAAGUCAUUGCCAUCAGAGACGUGAAUAAUUUGAGAAAGGUUUUUAAAAGUUUUCUUCAUACGUAUCUCUUUUCUACACCCUUUAGUAAAAGUCCACUGCUUGUCGUCUAUUGCCACCAAACAUUAAAGUAGGAUGACGUUCAGUAUUAGAAGUCCUUUGCUCAAAGAUGACAUAAGAAACUGGUGCACUUUGCUAAGCUUUAUUGUCCAGCAAUACUUCAAAAACCAGAGACUAGAACAAAUCACGCAUGGAGGUGUCUUUGGCUUUCUGAUAAAAAACUCCUGGUUUUGUACGACUUUAAUUCCUCCUUCACAAUACAUUUUUUGGAGAAAUUAUAUCACGACCUCGACACAAUGGUUUUAUUAAACAUCUCGAUUAUCGUAAAAAGUAAAAAUAAAUAUUAGACUCUACUUGUCUUAUCUCCAAAGGUUGAUUUCCACUGUCGCGCAAUGUUUGCGUGCCUUGGCGCGUAGUCAUGAAAGGUCGCGUGUAAACGUAAAAUUUCGAGUUUUACGUUUAGGCGCGACCUCCCAGACAAUCCCUCUAUUCUAUUUACGUAAUGCGUACGCACAUAAAAAUUACGCGACAGCGGAAAUCUACCUUAAUUCUAAAACCUUUUUCCGAUGUUUAAAAUCGGUGAUGAAACACUCUUUCUCGUGUUCGAGUUAGUGAUGAUAUAGUUGUUUUAGUUUAUUUCUCACUGUCGUCUCCAUUAUAAAACGUUAACGUGGCAUUAGUUAUCAUUUAAAAGGCUAAAGUGGACGUCAUCAUAGCUUUCAUCCACUUUGGAGUAGAACUUCAUCGAAGAGCUCUUCCCUACCAGAUUCAUAUAACAAAACAUCUUAUGUCCCUUGGGGUGCAAGUCAUCAUUGGGGCGCAUCCGCACGUCCUUCAGCAACAUUGUCUCCAUGACAACAAGCUGGUGGCCUACAGUUUAGGGAAUUUCUUGUUUCAUCCGAGAAGACCAUGGAGCGCAGCCGACCCGGUAAUACAUGACACAGCCUAGAUAUAUGUUACGGGUUACUUCGGACGAAAUCGGGUACACUCCAGGCGACAACUUGCAGCAACAUGUCGCGGCGACACGUCGCAGCGACAAGUUGUCUAGUGUGUACUGGAAAAUUUCUAUGAAAAUCUUUAUCUCCGCAACGGGGUUUUGACGCUGCAACAAGUCGCAAAUUCUGUUUCGGAGACUAAGAUUUUCACAAAAAUCGUCCAGUAACACACGAAGCGAUUUGUCGCUGCGACAUGUCGCCCAGCUAUUGCUGCAACUAGUCGCCUGACCUGUACACACGGAGUGAUCUGUCGCCGCGACGUGUUGUUAGGCUAACCUAUUAGCCCCAUGCAAGCAUACAGAACAUUGUUGGAUGUUACAUGUUGCGUCUGUUUGUACACCCUGCUGCAUGUUUUUGCCUGUUGUUACGUGUUAUUGCGGGGAGUUGUUGCACAAAGUUUGAAACCGGUCAAACUUUUAGCUUCGUGCAAACGGACGCAACAACUCCCAACAUUGUUGGGGCAAUAAUGCUGGGAGUUGUUGCGUCCCUUUGCACUUAGCUUUAGAGAUUAAAGCGCAAACGGACACAACAACUCCCAACAUUGUUGGGCCAAUGAUGUUGGGAGCUGCUGCGUCCGUUUGCUCUUAGCUUUAAUCAUUAAAGCGACGAUCGCACUGCAUUACGAUCAAGUUUAUUUUUACAACGUAAGUCGUGGAAUAAAGGCGAAGAAAUCUGCCACAAACGUGCUACAGACUCAGAGUUUUUGUUUUGCUUAUUAAACUGUUGCUUUUUUUCUCCUCGUCUAAGUCGUGGUAGCUAGUAGCGUUACCUCCCAAAACAAUUUUUAAUAUUCGACAAUUUCUUGAAAAACUGACAGCACAUUUUUGAUGGAAAACGCGCGACGAAAACGAUGUCGGCAGGUACCGUACCCAUAGAGAGACUGUAUUUCUAUUUGAUAAACAUGUCCAGCGACGAUCGCAAGGCAUCAUUGGUAAGUAAGCCUUGAUGCCCUGUUAGCAAUAAGGCAAAUGCAAAAAGUCUUAGAGGAAAAGCUAAGCCCGAGUUGAAUUUGCUUAAGUCCAGUUUCGAUUGUUGGGUUGUGAACUUCUUUCCUUUUUGAUAGAAACAGUUCAAAAAAUUUGUUCUCUUGCAAAUGACAUCGUUUAAAUUGUUUAUGCGAAACAUGAACUUUUCAUCAACUUUUUAACUUAGUCCAAUUGAAAGUCUCUAGCGAAAUUGAAAUAUCAAAUACAAACACUGAAAAGAGACCGAACUGGCUCAUUUUUUAACUGAACUCAUUAUACUAUUAUUUAAAUGACUGUUCGGUGCGUUUUUAAAAUUUUUCACUGAUAUGAAGAGAGAAAGGUAUAAUAAUAAGACAUACUGCGCUAAGCAUACUUUCUAUGAAUUUCUUUCUAAGUAGAAAAAAAAAUUGUAAAUCGCUUUUUGCCCAUGACACUGAGCAAGAAGUUUAAGGGAAAUCCAUGAGUUCCAGAAACAUAGAAUUUGGGACAGGGUUUUACGAGUAGAAAACUCUUUUUACGCGGGUACGUCGAGCAAAAGAACCGAUAACAAACAACGCAAAUGACCACGCGCCUGACUGAAGGCGCAUUGGUGGGGGAGAGGCUCCACCCCUCGUUCACCCUCGCUCCCUGGCGUAAUGGCAAAAAUGCUAAAUCGGUUCUUGCCCGUGACACUAAAUCUGAAGAAAAGAGAGACUGCUCGCAGUCUAAUGAUAGGAAGCCUUUUACUGAUAGCAGUUUCCCAAUUACCUUUUAUUUAUGGACAGGCUGUGUAUGGGGGGCUUGGAAAGAAACCAGAUAAAAACUUGAUAGAUUCUUAUGAACACUUUGCUCUUGGAAACAGUGAAAACUUGAAAAUGACUCAGAUGCUAAGAGUAACCAUAUCGAGGUAAGGCGACGCAUUGUGUGUAAACGUCCUCAUGAAACUUAUUCAGUUUGUUUCUUCUUGGUCCAAUCAUAUGGCAAGAUAUAUGGUAAAGUGGAACACCGUUUAUGGGCUGAAUAGAGUUUUUCUUAGAUACAAUUGCAUGCAAUUUGUUUCACUUCGGUCUGAUUGGACAAAUAAUUGCGUGUAAAUCAACUUGAAGGAAAUUUCCUUUUGUUUAUUUUGACAUUUCCGAUGUUCUUUUUCUUUCAGAAAUGGUGUACUGAGAGCUUCAUAUCUUCCUGUAAAAAUCAUAUUUGACUUUAAAACUAAAAGAAUUCAUCCACAGCCAAUAAAGAACGCCAAGUGGAUAAGAGUUUGCGGAAAGAAGGACAUGCAAUGUGAAAGGAGUUGCAAAAAUGCAAGAAGAAGAGAAACAAAAAAAAAACAAAAUAAAUCUUAAUCUAACCUAAAAUAGACCAUAAUGAUCUAACCUUUUUUUUUUUACCAGGGCUAAUGUUCUUGAGGUUGUUCAUGGUGUUGAUAUUUUAAAUUGUGGUCCAUUCCUGUUCGCAAUAAAAUAUCCUUUGGAAUAUCAGAAUUAGUUCGUUUACGAUUAUCUAAAAAUAUAUUUCUUUGUCAAAAAUUAGGGUCCCUCAAACAGUUAACAUCAAAUUGAUUUUCAACAGGUUUUCAUGCCUAAAUUCGCUAGUUCAUGCAAUAUUGAAACAAGAAUACGGUCAAAUCACAUAUUAACGAAUUGAUUGUAUAAAGACCAGUUUUCGUUGAGAAAAGGUUGUUGUCGUUCAAUGUGGUCCCAUUUUUUCCCUUGUAGUGGAAGCAUGGGCUAUAAGAAACACGGGUUUUGACUAAAUAAAAGUCAAAUUUUUGUUUAAUAAAGUUGACAUCAUUAUUUACUCGAAAGCCAUGUUUCCUGUAGCCCAUGGUGGAAGGAAAAAUCACAAAUAUAUUAAUUUUCAGGCCUCGGAACCAAAAUAAUAUUUAACAUAUCGGGAUAUUUGUUCUGGUACAAAUCUUCUCUUGAAUGGCGAUGUGUGCUAGUCCUUUCCGUGCGAUGAAUUCGUAUGGUUAGCUGAGUUUGUUGAGUAUCAGACUUCAGAGCAUCAGGCAAAGGUUAAAUAUGCCCAGGGGCACAAGGCAGUUGUGAAGGAAGGAAAACAAGUUGUCUCCACAGACGCUCCUUGUCUUUCUCUCUUGUCCAGAAGCUCCUCCGCCAACCUCGGUCCCAGGGCUCUCUCCUACCCGUCCUUACGGAGCGAGUGAGAGACGACGGGUAGGAGAGCGAACCUGGGAACGAGGUUGCUCCUCCGCCUUUUUCCCCUCUGUCCCGCCUUCCUACGACAGUAAUGAGGUCAGUUAGGAGGUUAUGGGCUCCUGGCCUCUGUGCUGAGGAGGAGAGAGUAACAGGCGAAAACAGUUUAAUACAAAGAACUCUAAUUAAACACCCGCUAAGGCUCAGAGAAUAGACUGAACAGGGAUCUUAAGAUCUGACGACGGCGACGGCAACGAGAACGUCAAAAAAGCGAUUGACCACCACAGAAAAUACCAUAACAUACCAUAAUACUCUUUGUUGGUCAUUCCAAAACAUUUUAUAAGCAUUGUUUUCAGUUUCUAUUGGGGCCAUUUUAACUCCCAAGAGAAACUGAAAACAAUGCUUAUGCAAAAUUUUGGAGUGACCAACAAAGAGUAUUAUGGUAUGUUAUGGAAUUUUCUGUAGUGGUCAAUAGGUUUGAUUUGCACAACAACAACUCUGCACGUGCAUCACCCUUUUUUUUACAUUUCUUUGCCGUCCCUGCACGACUACGACUUGCAAAUGCCUAACUUCACGUUUUAUGGAGGACGUAAACAAGCCAUGACGAAAUUUUCUUUCUUUUUGUGAACUCCAACUCCAGGAGAGUUUGCCUACUUUUGACAAAGUAAGCACGUGGGUAGGAAUAAUCACAAUGAAGAUGGGUGAAAGCACGCGAAAUCCGUUUUAAGCAAGGCUUUCUUCUGUCGCCGUCCUCAGAUCUUAAGGUCCCUAAAGUCAAAGUUAUAAAACGAAUUAUCAGCCCAACCAGGAACCACGCCCUUCAGGUCCUGUAGUACCGCGUGAGAAAACCUCGGGACAAAGAGCAAAUCAUCAGAGGGUUAGUAAGGCCUCGGCAGAGCCAGGAACCCGGGGGGGGGGGGGUGCGUGCUCAAGAAAGUUUCAUAGGGGAGGCUCAACCUCUUACACUUUUUACCUGAAGCGUGAAGAGGGUACCCCUUUUGGGUGGAGCCUCCCCGUAUAGGCCAUCAUAGGGAGUACCCCCCCCCCACCCCCACCCACUGUGAAGGCCCUUCAAGUUGUUUUGCUGUUUUCCCAAUGAAGGUCAGGUCUCAGGGGAAUUUGCCCCUUUGUCUUUUCAUAUGCACAGGAAUAAGAUGAAACUUUGAAUGAGAGAGUUCUCUGAGUAUUAUUUUAAUAAUAUUUAAAAAUAAUAUUUUAAUAAUAUUUAAAUAAUAUUUAAAAAUGACGUACAUUGGGAAAACAAAAGGUACAUGCUGAAAAGGUCUAUAGGGUGUUUUCACAUGACGUCACGGCGGCCAUAUUGGUGUUCCAAAACAAUGAAACGGCGGCCAUGUUGGUUUUUUCAAACCAAUCCUUUGGGAGUUGAACUCUUUUCUUAUGCAAACGCUUUUUUUUGUUCUAAUAAAUUUACAUAGAUGCUGACCACGUGAGUGAAAACAUUCUAUACUCGAUACACACCAGACUUUAUUGACAUCUAGGAAAAGCAUUAGUUAAUCUCUUUGAGGAUCCGUCGGUAUCACUGAAAAAGUGAAGAACGCUCGACCUGGUCAGCGGUCCUACGUUUGGGGGGAGUUCAACUUAACGUUAAGUUUUUAAUAUAAAUUUGCUCCUGUUGCUGUCGCGACAAGUUUGGUUCUUUUGCGUACGUCGCGUUAAUUUCCUGCACGUUGAAUCAGUUUACUUCCUCUUUCGAGUUAAUUUCCUGGGAAGAAUUUGCGUUAGUUCAAGUCGCGUACUUGAAUACCUUAAUUACCACAAGAAAUUAUCUCCUAUAAUGAGUUAAUUUCUUCUGUUCAGUCUAAUAGCGAACCAGUUCAGUUCAUUAGCUGUGGCGCAGGAGAAAACAUAUUGUGGAACACGAAGAUCCAGCUAAAACAAAAAUAUUCACGGUGUCAUGCGUGUAGGACGGAUGAUUGUCUUAAAAUCAUGUGAUUCACCAGAGCACACUUUUUUUUAAGAUCCUCUGAAAGGCUAAUGAAAAAUUUAGGGGGCCGAUCGAUAAAUUCUGCUCCAAUCGUCAACAAUAGAGAAACAACCCUUUUGAUAACUUGACUAUUUCAUUUCUAUUUUAUUCAUAGGAAAUGUUAUUGUUAGAAAAAUAAUUGAUAUCAAACGCAAGCAGUUACACCCAGUUAUGAAUCAGAUUAUUUACUGGUUCUUAAUGUCAAUAUCUUGCGUGAGUACUACGACAGUUGGUAAGAGUUCAGUUUUUUUCAAUAUAAGAUAUUAAUCUAAUGGGCAGUUUGUAUUUUUUGGGUAAAGUUAUCGGGUAGAAUAUUCUUAAAAUUUUAUACAAUUCACUUUUGUCACAUCAAAAGAGGUUUAACAGUUACAACGUAACAAAUGCUUGUUCUUUUGUUUCAGUGAUUGGCUGUGGACAACGUGAUAUAACUGGGUUGCCUCUAUUUCCCUUAACCCCUUUCGAAAAGUAGUCUAUUGGUGUAUUGUUAUUGUUAUUUACGUUUUUAGCAAAUGAAUUGUUUAAUUAACGGUGUGAAGCGCGUGGUGUAUUAUGAGAUUCGACGUAUUUUGCAGCCGUUCUACACCCAGUCAUUAUUGUUCGUGGGUUAGGUCCUGUAAUUGAUUUCAAUUAAUUCUUUAUGUUACUAUAAGUUUUGUCUCUUGGUUUUGCCAGUUCCUUUUGUGUAGUAGUCUUACCGUGAGCUAAGUAAUUUUUCUUUUAUGAUAAUAUUCAAUUGUUCCUUUCUUUGUUACUUAACUUUUAUUUUACUUUUUUCGUUUGUCAUUGUUUUGGUACUGAAAUCUUCGUUGCUGUUAUUCAUUUGUGUUAGAAACACUCGGUUGGGGAUACACGUUCCCCGUUUUUAGCAGGUUGCCCGCUGGCUUUUAGGGGUUUUCGUGUGUGGCUUUUAUGAAUUCAGUUUUCCCAGAGUUUUCCUUUUUUCGAAAUACAUGCCACGAUGGCUUUACUGGCCCCGAUAUUAUCAUUGUUUGCCCUUUAUAUGAGGAGUAUAUUAUAGGAGUGUAAGCCCAGGAUUCCGUUUUAUCAGAGUGAAGACGAAACAUGCAGUCAACACAAGACAUCCCAUCAUGCAUUACACUGAAUAUCAACACCCGUAAACGGCUACCGGUGUAUUAAGAAAGGGUAUUGAGGGUACACCCGUGACAAUUUUUCCGAAAGAAGAAAAAUAUUUUAAAGUGUUAACUUACCUUAGAGACUGUCUAUUGAUGCCAUCUAAUAGUUUAUAAGACUCACAGUGAUCAGACUUAAAGGGGACAAAGAAACAAGAACGACGAAUUUGAUUCCUAACUUUGGUAUUCUUCAUAAAAUAACAAUCACGAUGAAACGUCAGGAAAGCCGUGUCUCAUUGAUGCCCAGAAUGUUGAAAAUUGCAUUUCCGACGAUUUUUCCUUUGGAGGGCGUGAGGGGAGGGAGCAUACAAACAGCCCCCAGAUUUAAACUCGUUUCUUUUUAGUUGAGAAACUCAAAUCCAUCACAAAAUGGGGCUUAGUAGCCUGUUCCAGGUGUUCAAAUAGUGGAGACAGUGCGGUGUAAAAGGAGCCGGGAAAAAAGCGAGGGGUGGCGUUAGAGAGAAGAUAGGGUGCAGUUUAGUGGCCACUGUUGGAGAAGCAAAAAUGAGACUGUUUCCCAACCACUUCUUUGGGAACCAAAACACGGCAGACACCCAAGGGGGUGCCUAGCAACAACAUUAAUUGACCAAUUAGGGCGUGAGACAUGUGGGAGGGUGUUGCUUGAGUACUUCUUACAUAUACAUUUCCAGAUAUAAUAAUUUAUAUUAUUGUAUCAUACAUUUAUAAUAUUUUUAAAUCAUCACCAUCAUCAUCAUCAUCAUCAUCGUUAUUAUUUUCAUAUAUUGUAUUUUUUUUUCGCCAUGCGUUUUAUACACGAGUCUCCGGCUUGGAUACUCGGCGUAAUCCUAUCACACGCUAUGACACUGAUGAAUUGAUCGAUUGAUUGCUUGGUUAAUGCGGACUUACUACACUUCGUUUUCUAAACGAAUUUUCUUUUCCAUUGUAGAACAAGUGAAUUUACUGUUUGUUGGUGAUGUUUCCUUUUCCGUGCCCUUGAAAUAUUACGUGGAACAUGGCUAUCACACGUAUAACGACUCUUUCAAUGAAGUGGCAAAAUACGUAAAGAACGCUGAUAUUUCAGUGGCCAAUUUGGAAUCUCCCUUUGUUAGCAAAGACAUGUAUCGCUACAAGUUAAAGGGAAAGAGUGUCGUGUUAGAUGCAAGUUCAGAUGCUGCAUCAGCUUUAAGGUGAAACAUUUUAUGUGAGGCUGUCAGUUAACACACAAAUUUAAAAAGGCUCUAAGGACAUUUAAUUUUAAACAUAUCCAUAAUUCAAAAAUCAGUUUCUUGUUAAUCAAAGAUUAAAUGUGGCUCUAUGAAAGUUUUCCUGUGGUAUGUAAAAUGAAUUCCUUUCUUUUCGCUGGCCAGUCAUGUAUCGAGAACAAAAGAUGAGGCUCCUUGCUCGACUCGCUUUUCAGUUAUCAAGACUUAAUACAAUAAUUUUAAUUACUGGGUAAGGUUUUUGUGAUAUCCUGAACUAUCGUCAAGGUGGAGUUAAGAGUUGUGCUAUCUGCUGAGGCCCAAGGAUAUCCAAAAGCCGAAUCUAAUAUAGAUAUAUUUUUAUUAAACUACAUUAUUUUUACUGCCGUGCGAGCCAGCCUUGAAGCGAGCGAGCAAGGCAGCAGACCUAAUCCGCACAGGGACGACAACAGGGACAAAAAUUUUCGAUUUCAACCCACGAUGUAUCUGGAUUUUUUUAACCACAAUGCAAGGGACUUGCACCACAAUUCCUUGCACGCCCAUUGUCUUUACAUACCGAGCUCUGCUGGCGUUGUCGGUUGCAUGAAGUUCGUUGAGGUUAGUUGAAAUCCUAAUGUGUCUUUGGGGUGAAUUUCUCUUUUUACCAAGUGAUGUUGUCAUAAAGCGUUUUGAUGAUCUUUAAAGCGGCUGGUGGUAAUUGGUUAAAUCUUUUCUUCAGUCACAUAGUAAGAUAUUAUCAGAGAGAGACAUGAUCAGACUUGUGGUGGAAACGUAAAUGCAACGCUUAAGUCCAGCAGGAAAUUAAUUUUCUUUUGAUUGAAAAUUGUCCUUAUUUUUUUGCCUUUUUUAAAAGUUUUUGCUUUCCUUUUCAAAAAGCAAAACUCAUACUUCACAUUAAAAUCACGUCUACUGUAUUGCAACCACCAUGUCCGAUAUGACCAAUAAAAAUACAUCACAUUACGCACGUCCCAAAUCUGACAUCCACUGCGAAAACUGUGACAAUCGAUUUUCAAAACACUUGUUUCGCUGACACCAAGGCAACGCUCUUUUACCUAUUAGGUACACUAGUAUAACUACAAACACACCAUUGCAGGGAACAUAAUUUGACAUUGCUCUGAACGCAGCCAAUUGAUUAGUCAGUGAUCUACUGCAGAUAACAAAUUUAAUCUGUCAGUCGCACUUAUAUCCAAAAUUAACUGCAAGCUCUUAGCCUGUGAGAAGACAGAUAGUGAGGACAAAGUUUAAUAAUAAUUAUAAUAAUAAUAAUAAUAAUAAUAAUAUUAAUAAUAAUGAUAACCAUAACAAUAAUGAUAAUAACGAUAAUAAUGAUAAUAAUAAUUAUAGAUAUGACAAUUCCAGAGGAUGGACGUGUGGGAGAAACGGAAGAUGAGAAAGUUGAAAAGUAUCAGGAUCUUGCGAGAGCCUUUCGAAAACUGGUGUGGGAUGUAAGGAAAAAGGUGAAUUCGGUUGUAAUUUGGGGCAUUAGGAACAGUACCAGUGAGUUUGAAAAACAACCUGGGCCGGGUUGUUCGAAGCACGGAUAAGAGAAGCCAGGGUCACUGCGGAAAUUCAGAUAUGAAAACUUUAAAAGCAAAAUAAUUCAGUUUUAAUACCUUUGGUCUACAAUGCAAUGAUUUGAUGCUCUACAAAGAACAGAGACAAUUAUCCAAGAAAAUGCUAAUAAAUAAAUAAAUAAAGAUUUCAGAGGUAGCACAUCCACCAAGUGUUCCUUCCUAGUCUACCUGAUUCCUUGUCGAAUUAGACUGUGAUUUGAACAGAAGAAUAAGAAACCCGUAUUAAAACUUAAUCUCGCGUUAGCGCUAAUCGACCUUCGAACAACUAGACUCUAGCCGGUUAUUGGCGUGGAAAUCUCUGUGGAAAUGAUCCAGAAAUGUGCAUUUAGCGUUGGGGUCAGCAAAAAUCUUAAGAAAGAUGCUUGAGAUGUAGGAAGAGGAAAGCAGACAGAUUGUGCCCAGAGCCAAAGAGGAAACUAGCUGUAACAUCACCAGCAGUGCAAAAUUUCAAUAAUAAUAAUAAUAAUAAUAAUAAUAAUAAAUAAUAAUAAUAAUAAUAACAAUAACAAUGAUGAUGACGAUGAUGAUGAUAAUUCUCUUGUGCAGGGAUCAAGGGAUGAAGAGAACUGCUGUGCGGGACUGCACAAUGGUUAUAAGUGUUUAGUGCCGUACGAAGGUUUAGUUUUUUAGCUGGUAUACGUAUGGAUUAAAUACUUCAUUUCGUAUAAGACCAGGUACCUGCAACUGAGACAUACCUACUUCUUUUUUUAUUAGGUUUGCUGGAUUUGACGCCGUUACACUCGCUAACAAUCAUUUCAACGACUUUGGCGCAAAAGGGGCCAACUUCACCGUUGAAGUUCUGAAGAAGACAGGCGUAAAAUAUUUUGGUGUCAGUUAUGGAAAGUAUAACACCUCCCAGGUUAGUAUUACCUGCAGUGACACUCAGCAAUGAUUUAAACCAGAUAUAAUAACUCCCAAUACCUGUAUUAUACCAUUUCUAUGUCUUACUUGGGAGAGUUUUUCCGUUGUUCUCAAAGAAGUGUUUCUUCGAGGGGAAAGACAGGUCGCGUAAACGACAGUUUCACUUCUUCUGGUAUUCUAAUACGAGAUAUGUCGCAUGCUCAGCUUGAUCUCUUUCAGUUUGGAUGGGCAUCUCCCAAAGUAUAAUAGCUACCUAGUUUUCAGCCUUCUGGUGUAGACGUCUCUUAUUUCCUUUGCCUUCACCUUAAUCCUAUCAUUAUCAUUACUAUAUUUAUUAUUAUUGUUAUCAUCAUUAUAGUAAUAAUGAUAAUAAUAAUUUCUAUUAUUAUUAUUAUUAUUAUAAUAAUUAUUAUUAUUAUCUCAAGCAGCAUUUGUAAAUUGCCUAUACGUAGCGAGAUUUACAAUUGUACAUUCAAAAACACAAAUAAAGUUUCCAUAUCUUGCCUUCUUUUAUUGCAGAAACCUCUUAUCUUGGAGGUAAAAGGAAUAAAGAUUGGAUUCCUUGGCUAUUGUGACACGUCCUCCAUGAUGGGUUUAAACUGCACUGAAAUAAGAAAGCUAUUUAAUGCUGGCCCUGCCUUUUAUAGUGACGUCAUUGCCACUAGAGAUGUCAGCAAUUUGAAAAAGGUUCUCACAUUACUUUUUUACAAACUACUGUAAAAGUCCAUCGUCUUGGAGCGUCAUUUAAUCUCCAAACAAAACCGCGAUGAAAUUUAGCGCAGCAGACGUUAAGAUAACAAUCUCAAAGAGACACUCGGUGUUUGGUUUUUUUGGUAAUAGACUCGUUCUUUUCAAUUUUUGAGUGGGAGAAGUUGGUAAAAAUCCGGUAACACGGCGGGAAAGAACGCAUGAAACCAGUAAAGUUUGAAAGUAAUUUAUUGAAAACUAACAAAGUUGCAGAAUUUUACAGACGUUUCUAUGAUAGAGUGAUAUCUUCGCUCGUUUUAGACGUAUCAAGCGGGAUAAGUUUCCUAAUUUUAAGGCGCCCUUCCCAGCAGUGAAGAUGCAGGGAUAUUCGCAAACUAUUUUUUAUCAAAACUGAAAAAAGAAAACAUGGAAGGCUGAUUUUCUCGGCCUCAUUAUAACUUUAGAGAGGCGCGGUGACUAAGCGGUUUUUUAUUUGGUCUCCGUAUCAGAAGGUCCCAUUCCAGGUCCUGCCACGGCUGACUCGCCCCCAGUCGUCUCUUAUUAUCUGAAAGCGGUCAAAGAACGGUCGCGGGAGAUUAUUACGGCAUCUGGUGCGAAGGGGACGAUGGGAAGGGGAAAAGGGAAAGGAAGAGACUUCCCUUUUCCGUUCCCUUCAUCCUCCGCGCUUCCUUGACCGCGUAUCUCUAGUUAAUAUUAAUAGGAGAGAGUGACAGACGACUGGGGACGAGUCAGCUGCCAGGGCCAGGUUUGUUUGCUUUUUUUAUAAUUCUUAGAAAGUUAUCCUAAAUGUGUUUUAUGUUUCACUCUAACAAUCUUUAUAAUGUUAAAAGACUGAUGUAGCUGCUGUUUAAUAUCAUUGAAAAGGCUAAAGUGGACGUCAUUGUAGUUUUCAUGCACUUCGGAGAAGAACUUUAUCGAAAGGCUCUCCCGUAUCAGCUUCGUAUAAUAGAACAUCUUAUGUCCCUUGGCGUGCAAGUCAUCAUUGGGGCGCAUCCGCACGUGCUUCAGCAACAUUGUCUCCAUGACAACAAGCUGGUGGCCUACAGUUUGGGGAAUUUCUUGUUCCAUCCGAGAAGACCAAUGAGCGGAGUCAACCCGGUAAUACCUGACACUGGCCAGAAAAAUGUUCAACAAAAUUCAUCUAUCUGACCAUGUCUACUACAUUAUAAACCUCUUAAGUUAUUUGCCUAGUCCCUAGGCCGCAUUAUUCUGCGCGGCCAAUGCGUUUCCCGGUCACGUGGUCCGAGCGAGUCCCGCCUGUUGUCUCGGAUACGUCACCGAAAUGCAUCAACCGAGAAGGCCUGGGAAGACGCUGCACAGGAACCAGGCAAUCAAGUCAUGUCGAUAGUGAAAUAUAUUACAUUAUCAAAAGCAAAUACCGAAUCGAAAAUGAAUGAUGAAACUGGGACCACUUUGUUUGCUUCUUAGAUAAACGGAUUAUACUUCUUUUUAUUGACUUGUUAUUAUUUUUGUCUAGGUAUUGUGAUAAUUUUUAAACGACGUUCCUCUCGAUCAGUUAUGCGAAAAAAGUAAAUUAAUUCAGAACAUUCUUGUGAUACUUCGAGAAAUGGAAGGAGGAAUCAAGCGGAGAUGGAACUAGAGAUGCAUGCAGGGUUUUCCUUACGCCCUACCAAAUACCUUUAACCCUUUAAUUCAUUUCUUUAUUUGUUCAUAUCAGUAUUUAUCAUUUAUUUAUUUACAGGCUCUAUAUGGAAGAUUUGGCAAGAAACCAGAUAAAAGCUUAAUAGACUCAUACGAACACUUUUUUCUUGGAAACUGUAACAACUUGAAAAUGACUCAGAUCCUAAAAGUUACCUUAUGCAGGUAAGAAGAAAACUGAAAUCUGUAACGUGGGAGAAUUUUCAGACGCUAUAUUGUAUUUAUGUUGAAUGCCCUUUAUAGCUCACAGUCAAAAGAGACGUUUGAUACAAAAAUUACGAGCUACAGCAGAACAAUUCUAGAGAUGAAACCGAUAUCAUAAGGAAAUUAGCUAGAAGCCAAUUUUGAGGUGGCUGACACAAAAAAAAUAAGAUUUUGUGGGACAGAAUGUCUGCAACAAAAUGCUGGGGGUUUGUUCGCCAAUAAUUGGUGGACUCCAAGGCGUGUGGUCCAUUGCUUAUUUUUCUGAGUUUAUUUUGACAUUUGAGUUGUUCUGUUUCUUUCAGAAAUGGAGUUUUAGGAGCUUCGUAUCUACCUGUAAAAAUCGUAUUUGACCCCAAAACUAAACGAAUUCACCCAAAGCCGACAAAGGACGCCAAAUGGAUAAGAGUUUGCGGAAAGAAGGACAAGCAGUGUGAAAAAAAUUGCAAAGAUCCAAGAGAAAAGAAAAACUUAUCUUGGUCGUCUGACCUCUGAACUAACUUGCUGUUAAUAGGACAAAUAUUUAGCACUCAGUUCUGAUGUUGGUCUUUGUGUUGGUAUCUCUUAUUUCUUCAUAUGAUGAAAAUCUGUCAGAAUAUCGAAAUUUAUUCCAAAAGAAUUUCUGAUAGAAUAAAACUUUGAAAAUUCUUCUUUGUCUCAACUGUGUAUGAAAUGUACAGCUAUUUAGAGGAAGGUUGUUAAAGAAAGUGCACGCAACAAUACCGAAUGUCCGAUUGCGGACGGCUUAAAAUUCACUGUUCUUCAAAUGGUACGAAAAGCCAUGGAAGUAUGUUUGCAAGUGCUUAAGGAAAGCAACAAAAAUAGAUUCGACAGCUUCAGUGUCAGGAACAGUGUAUUUAUUAUUCUCAUAUUUUCUGUCGGGGUUAUACCGUGCACAUUUUUUUCCGACAACCUUUCUCGAAAGGCGAAGGCAAAGAGAAUGUGAAAAAAGCAGUAUUUUAAAAUUGUAUCAUCAUAUUUGUUGUGUAAAUUUCUCUGCCUUUAAUGCACAACCGCGACAUGGAAUGCACUUCGCUUUCUGAUUUCGUGUUCUAUAGAGGAGUAAGCUACCAGACAAGCCGGAGCUAAGAACGAAGCUCCCGUUUAUGCAUUUUAAAUUUACUUCAGACAAUGGAAUUCAAACCAUUGCAAAGAAAUCCACAAAUCCAUAACCACAUGAGUGAAAACAUAAACGUGAGUCUGGGAUCAAUUUAAAGCUAACAACUGGUCAGCGGAAAACUUCCAAGAAAACACGGUCAGCAGAUACCCUGUUUUGACAGCUGUCAAUUGACCAUAAUAUGAAUGUCUAUUAUCAAGUUAAACCAGGGUUAUAGGCUCCUGGUAAAACACAGGUUAUUAGCUCCCACACCAGCUUGAAUGUUUGACAUUUCGCAUUGGUUUCCCUGUGGUGCGAACGAACGGGCUGAUGUAUGGUCACGUGAUUACCAAAAUUUCUCGGAUGGCAACUAAGUUUUUUUAGAUGUGGGGGGCGUGCGCGUAGAGCUCCGCUAUGAUCAGUUUUUGAAAUUCCAUGCAGUAAUUAAGAAAUUACUGUUGGACGAAGACUAGCGAUCGCGUGAGCAAACAUCGGCACAAGAAGUCAAACCAUCAGAGGGAAGUAAGGGCUCAGAUUUCAGUGACACCCUGCCAGCACCCUGCUAGUAGUGCCUUUCUUUAGCUCAGUGCUCGAUUUUGGCUCUGCAUGAAUCGUGUAAGAUCUUUGUUAAGCAUGCGCGGCAUGUUGCUUGAUACCGUCGGUUUAUCAAUAAACAAAUGCUCGCACGAGAACCAGUUUCACGAAAGAAAACAAGACUGGCUUUCGUUUGUGUUGUAAUUUAAUUAUUCUUAAUAAUAAUAAUAAUAAUAAUUAGAUUGAAUAGUCUAAAAGUUUCGGGUUGCAGCGACCUCAAACGCGAAUCAGGUAGAACCUCCGUUUCUUUUUCUCAAGGAGGUUUGCCCGCAGGGAGGUUCAGUAAGAGAUCUGAGUUUAACAUAGGAACAACAGCUUUACCAUCAUGGAGAUCAGGAAGAGCUACCCAAGUCCCCGAAAGGCUCUAAGUUUUGAAUACACUACAGACAUUAUUGACACCUAGGAAAAGCAUUAAUUUUUUUAUCAGGUUGGAGUUCCGCCGGUUCAACUGAAACUGUGAAAACGCUUGAUGUGGCCAGCGGAUUCCUUCAUUACGUUUGGGGCGAGUUAACUGACGAAAACUGCUUGCAUUCAGGAGAUACAUUUAGCGUUCUUGUUCUGUCUCGACAAGUUUGGUUUCCGCACCGUAAUUUUUAGGAAGUUAUUAUAACUCCAAAAAUGGAGUAAAAAUUUUAGGUACAGGAUAACCCCUUUUUGGGGGUUAUUUUAACUCCUAAUUUAACUCCGAAUUUGGGGUCAUUUUUACUCCUGAAAAAGAGUUCUUUUUUUAUCGCGUUAUUUAUCGCGGUUUUUACAAGCUCAGUUUGUUUAUUACGCAUUUUCAAUCUUAAUGUCGCCUUUUCGCCAAACUGAUAGAGAUUUCUCAUAUUAUUCCACUUUACUGUCAAUCUAAUUCAGAUUUUUGGUAUUUUAAUCAUUUGGUAUUAAAUCAUCUUUAACCGUCACUUUUGGUUUUCCUUGUUUUCUUUGUUUUUUGACACGUAAAAUAGGAAGUCCCUAACUACCUGCUGCGACACACCAUCCGAACUUUCGUUUUCUCGUUUGCCUGUUUUGUUGUCGCAAGUCACAGUGCAUUUUCUAUGUUAUCAAAGAAGAAGAAGGCGAGUAGUCCUUUCAGUAUGAAUUAUUUACCGUGAAAUACGACUAGAUGCUUUUUAAGAGCUGAAACUCUCCAAAAUUAAGUUGUUUUAAUCUCAGUAAUACUUCUAACAGGUAAUUAAAGUAAACAAAGGGCAGACCUAAAAGUAUCUACUUGAAAAACCAAGAUGGUGAUCAGCGACUGAUUUUCCUAAUGAAGUAUGUGUCAAUUUUACCGUAAAAUUGGCACAUAACUCACGAUGUGACAUACCCAUUACCGCGGAGGACAUUAGUGCCUGUUUUAACAUGCGAUUACAUGAGCUGGAAUUUAAGCCAAAUUUUUGUUAAGCCCUGGCUUAAUGGCUUGAAGGCAGCUACACCCCUGCCAAUCAACGGGUUCAUAACUGAUAAUUUACGGUGUACGAUAUACUUAAAAUUGGCCUUUUUUAUGCCAGACAUAUUUAACGUCUGAGACGUUAAAGUCGAUCGGUGUAAAAACGGGAAGGAUAAAAGUAGACGAUAACACUGGAAAAAAAAACAGAGUUCUCUGGAAAAGAUGUAAAACACUGAGCUUUCGAAGUCUUCUCUGGCACGAGUUGGGCAUCAAAAUGUCCCCAGUUUAUGGCGUCCCUUUUUUAUUCAAGACGCAGAGUAGGCGCAUGUUGCGUCUGAGACGUUAAAGUCUUCUGUUAAAGGGUAAAUCUCAUGAACUGUACAUGUCUGAGCCGAAGCGCAACGUUUGAAAAAUUCUGCUGAAUCUGGCAAAAACAAGAUGGCGGCCACAAGUGUUGGAGCCGGCCAUGGCGGUAAAAGAUAGAAUUCGGGUCGCAAAAGGACGAUUUCUGAUCUCAAGCAGUAUAAGAAAGUUUGAUUUACGAGACACAAACGUAACGUAUUUUUCUUUUUCUCGAAGAGAAGAUAUUCCAGUCGUGGCUUGGUGUGAAAUUGGAGACAGGAUAUGAAGGUUCCAGCGACGGAGAUUUCGCGGCACAGUUGUGUACUGAUGUUCAUUUUUGUAUAUUCGAAUAUUUUCAGCCUAAAAUCAUCAGAAAAUAAGGAUAUUAAGCCCGGGCGGGAAAAACAUUCUUAUAAAAAAAAGUGUACUAGUGAAAUCAGAAGCAUACAAGACAUAUAACCCCGAAGCGUCUAUCUUCCCCUUAUCUGUUUCAGGGGCGUAGUUGGGUAGGGGGGGGGUCCUGGGGUGCCCGUGAGCCCCCCUUGGUAGGCCUUCUUUGAGCAAACAACCUACAAUAUCCGGGUGGCGAAAAGGCCAUGACAAUAUCUUGGCCGUAAAAGCCAUUGUUGAAAAGCCCACUUUUUUAAAAUUUGUUUUUUUGUAAAAUAUUUUCGUCAACGGCUCUUGUCUUUAGUUAACAUGGGCCUUCAUGCCGCGAUAAUACGACUGAGCCCGCUGAUAUACACGAGGGAGAGCAGCGGUAUAAACCAUAUAUAGUCGGCGAUCCCCGGAUGGUGUCCCUGCUUAACAUAACGAGUAGCCUCUGUGACCUCCCCUUUGAAAAAUCCUGGCUACGCCCCUGUGUUUGGUUGUAUGCUUCUGAUGAAAUUUAGCAUCCUGCAUAUAACACUGAUGAGUUGGACCCAGGGUGACAAAAAACAUUGAGGGAACUUCCAUCACAUUCAGGGGCAUUGGAAAAUCGACCAGUUAUUCAGAUCUAGAAGAUCUGGAGAAAAUUAAAACCCUUAUUUAGCUGCAAUAAAGAGCUUUAAGUUUCAAAAGAGGUUGAAGAAAAUGCUCUUGCAUCAGACGGCAAAUCCUGCCGACCAUAAACAAAAACCAAAGGAGAAAAAUCAAUAUGUGUGUCAUGACCUCAAAGCGACAAAAAUAACAAAUUUGUUUGCUCAGUCAAAAUUUAGAACCCUCCAGAGUAUAGUCUACCCGAUAGAGAAAGAACGCUUACUGGAACACGCAGCAUUUUGGAGGGAAGUAACAGUCGAGUGUUGCCCACGACCCCUUUUUUGGUAAAAACAAUUCAAACAAGAGCGGGAAGAGCGAUUUUGACAGUGACUUCCCGAACAUGCGCAGUUCAUGAGACUACCCCUUUAAGUACGUCUGAACGCCGCACUUAACAAAAGACGUUAAUGACGUCACACGUUAAAUGUAUCUGUCUAUAGCAUGAAAACGGCCAAUCAUGAUUAGCCAUAGCACACUUUUUAAGAUCCUCUGAAAGGCUAAUGAAAAAUUUAGGGAGCCGACCGUUAAAUCUGCUCUUGUCGUGAACAAUAGAGAAACAACCUUUUCGAUAACUUGGCAAUCUCAUUUCCAUUUUACAAAGGAAAUGCCGUUGUUGGAAUAAUAAUAACUGCUAGUCAAACAAACAAUCGCUCCCAAUGAUGGAUCAGGUCAUUUAUUGGCUCUUAAUGUCAAUAUCUUGCGUGAGUACUGGGACACUUGGUAAGAGUUCAGUUUAUUUGAAUAGAUAGAUAAGAAUUCCUCGGACGAUUUUUAUUCUAGGGUAAAGUUAUUGGGUCUCAUAUUCAAUUCAUUUUUAUCACAUACAAAAGAGGGUCUAAGCCUUUUUUUGUUGUAGUUUUAGUGAUUUCCAGAUCUUGAAAUCGCUUCUUGAUUUACCGUCGCAGCAAUUACAAUAAAUAAUUAGUUGCCUGAAUCUCCCUCCAACCUUUUCGGAAAGUAGUCUUUAAGUGCAUUAUUAUUUUUAAUUUUUAUUUUUAACCAAAUUAAUUAGAUAAUUAACUGAGAGAUUAACGUGUGGAAAUUGAUGUGAGGUGAGUGGCGUUUUAUGGGAUUUGAGUUUGUAUUUAUUGCAGCCAUUGGAUUGAGGCUGGUGUAACAUUCUACGGCCAGCCUUCUUCCCGUUAGGUUUUCGUUUAAUCUCAACAAACAACAACGAUUUUAUUAAAAAGCAAAGAAACACAUUAAACAUACACACUGCCUGUAUUUAGCUAAAGCUAUUCGAGGCAGGCAGUGUGGGUACUCUACAUACUUAAAGAUAUUUAACAAGGAAAAUUAGAGAGAUUUACAACAUCAUGUGACACUAUCGAGGGAUUUUGAUUUACGGUAGAAAUGUUUGCUAACACCUCCUAUCUUAUGCACUAAGAUUUGGAUUACUGUCAAAAGAAAUGAACCAUAAACAACAAAAUAUUUUUAAAAUGUUUACUGUGUUAUCACCAAUCGUAGCGAAAAUCAGGACAAGCAAGCAAGCCAAAACUUUAAGCUAAUUAUCACUACCCCAGUUUAUUUUUCUCAUGCCCGAUUGGCUCUUACCCUGCCCGCAAAACAUUCCACAAAUGUUUCUGGAUUUCCAAUUUUGUCAGAUACACAUGCAAACAGACAUCGGCUUUAAAAAACAAAUAUUAUCAUCAUUGGUAAACAAAUUCAUGUGACAGUAAGUUUUGCUUCUUUGUUUUGCCUACAUUUAGGUCCCUUUGUGUAUGAAGCCUGUUAUUCAAUAGCUUUAGGUUCUUUAUUUCAAACCAGAAACCUAAGACUACGUUCCCCGUAUUGUCCACCUGUUCGUUUUUAGGGGUUUUUGUGUCUGGCUUUGGUGAAGUUAGUUUUUCCUAACUCGUAGUUAGCUUGGCUGGCCGCAGCGCCCAGAUAUCAUUAUCAGUAUGUGCAGGGUUGAGUGUUAGAGGAAAAAUAAGACAAAAUAUACAGGAGCGUUAAAGCGCAACGGGAUUAUCUCUAAUUGAAGACGAAACACACGGUUAACUCAAUUUAUUCCGCUUCACUGAUUAUCAACACCCGUAAAACCAGUGGCGUAUUAAGAGGGUACUUGAAUUAUUACUUAACUAUGACAAUAUUUCAAGUUUGUUAUAGGGUUAUUUCGAGCCUGAGAUGUUCUUUUUUCUUACUUCAAUAUUCUAUUGUUGCUACUGAUCAAAUAAAUGAUAAUAAAAUUUCUUAACACUGCGGAUAAGUUAUUUUAUUCUGUUAACGAAAAUCGUCAGUUGUCCGUCCAAUUAAAAUCUACCCACAUAGGACUUACUGCACUCCAUUUUCCUAACGAGUUUUCUUUUCUAUUGUAGAACACGUAAAUUUACUGUUUGUUGGUGAUGUUUCCUUUUCUACGCCCUUGAAAUAUUACGUGGAACAUGGCUAUCACACGUAUAACGACUCUUUCAAUGAAGUGGCAAAAUACGUAAAGAACGCUGAUUUUUCAGUGGCCAAUUUGGAAUCUCCUUUUGUAAGCAAAGACAUGUAUCGAUACAAGAUGAAGGGGAAGAAUGUCGUAUUAGAUGCAAGUUCAGAUGCCGCGUCAGCCUUAAGGUGAAACAGUAGCUAAAUCUGAAUUUGCUACGCAAGUUGAUAAGUUAAUACACAAAUUUUAUAAAGGUUCAAGGACAUUUACGUUCAAACCUGCUUUUAUUGGUGUUUUAACCCGCUGUUAAUAGUGUUUAACCUGUUUUUAAUUGAUUUCGUUUAUUGGUGUUUUAACCUGCUCUUAAUGGUGCUUUUUUAUUGUUGAUUUAAACUGAUUUAAGAGCAACUCCAUGCAAAUAUCGACCAAAGUGCGGCAAGGCUCAAAAAAUAAAAAUCGCUCUUCUUUUGCAUACUGAUAGACUUUAGUAAGUGUACAAACGCCAAGUAGUUUUUUCUUCGAAAGAUCUGUUCGUUUCCGAGAAAAACAAGAAAACCGUUUCAAGCCCCACCGUCGAUUUCGCAAGCCGAAAACAGGGUUGAAAUUCACUAUGAUUCGCUCGACUUGCAUUUCAAAACCACCGCGCUAGAAAAAAAGCUUGUUGCUAAACUUGUAAGUACAACUCGUCGUUGACCAAAAUAUAUAAUAUUUUUAGCAUUACAACACUCUGAGUAAUUAUAAAAAAGCUAAAGCGUAUGUCUACCUGUUGUUCAACCACGGAAGGUAGUUGAAAAAAGCGACGAUUUUCGUCAUGUGCCUUUGAUCAUAAUUUUUCAAGAUUGAAAGGGAAAACUCUACAAGCAUCAAACUAUUGUGUUAUGUUAAAAUUAUUUUGGGAAAAUCAUUUUGAGCUUCUCAGAAAUUAUUUCAAAUUCGUGUUACAGACAACAUAAAAUAACGGCAUCCAACACAUGAGUCACACGACCACCACCAACAACUUGACUUUAGGUUUCCGUUUACAACGCUGGUAGCCUUGAUAUGUAGAACAAUUUUUUAAAAAAGCUCACCUUAACCUGUAUCUGUUGUACUUUAAGCUCCAAGUUGUUUCAUUUUGCCGUCUUAUCACCUAUGUUACCGUAGUCAUGAUGUCCGCUGGAAUGUGUGCGUUGGAGGUGCGUGACAGCUUUCUGGUAAUUUCUUCAUCCCUCUGUUUUCUCUAAUGUUUUCAAGUUAACAUCUCAUGUUUGUUAAAAAUUUUGAGAACCCUGGACCUUAAAAAAGCCGUCUAUAAAAUAAAGCUCGGUAGUUUAACUGUCAACAAAGCAAAGUUGCUUGCUCGUGGAUCCGUUCACUUCAACUAAUCUCAUUUGCAUAGGAGUGUGCCAAGGGUCUACUUCCGGUAAUAUACACGUGACGAGCUUCACCGACUUUCACCCGUUUUUCCCAGUACACUGAAGAAGCUUCAUCUUUUAUAUUCCUCCUUCUUCAAAAAUACUCCAGUUGACAUUAUUUUACCUGAGAAUUAUCUUUAAUAUUUUGACAUUUUAGGCAUUUGAUUAACAUUAUCGAAUUAAAUUUAGUUUAAUUUGAUUCAACCGUUCAUUCCCACUUGAAAAAGAAAAAGAUCUCAGCAUAAACACUGAUUGUGUGCGCUCUUCUUCGAUGAAGCUAUGGAAGGUUCGAGCUCCUUCGAGUCAUCAGUAGGUACUCUGUGUUCGUUUGAUAGAAGGGAUAAGCAGAGAUCAACUGAGAUUGUUAAAUUGUCGCUAUCAAACUAUUAAGGACGUAACUGGGCAUAGAUCGACAUGGUCUCUUUCUAGCCAUUGAAAGCGAAACAGACUUUAUUUUAGCUCAGAACUGACCAGCCAGACCAUUCCCGUCGCAAUGAUAAUUUCCCUUUUAAUCAAACCCUUCAGCUAGAUCAGUCAAAUCCGAAAUAGUAUGCUCGAAAGAGAACAUUUUUCGGCAAAACUCUUGGAUAAAUCCUAUUUCAUUUUCAAAAUGACUGGUCAGGCAAAGAUCCAGCCGGCCAGUUCUGACAAAUGGAAAGCGCCCUAAGUUCCUUUAAUAUAUGCCCUUUCCAUCUUUCUGAGCUCGGUAUUGGAUGGUGACGGAACAGUUAUUCCAAUUCGUGCCAAGUUCCAAAGGAAAGCGCCAAUCACAUAAUUGAAAGAAGAGGGAAACCUGUUAAAGCCGACAAAAGAGUUAGAGGAAGAACAUUUCAAAAUGUAUCUAUCAGCAAACCGGUAUCCUCAUUCCUGUAGGCUCAGGUACUCUUGGUUUAUUCACUGUAUUAUAUUCUUAUAAGAAGCUUAAAUUAAAUCCACAAAUACUGUAUAAAGUUUAUCAUAGUUGUCAACUCUCUUCGAUAACCCAGAGUCUCCCCGGUACCAAUCCACCUAAUCUGUCCGAUAAAAUAAACCUUUCAGUUUUUUUCUUAGUUUGAAAUUAAACCCGAUUUCCCCCAGAGAAAAUAUAUUUUUUUAAAAUUUAAAGAUCGUAGUCCAGUUCUGAUGGCAUUUGUUGUUGUCGUUUUAUUUUAUUCUAUUUUUUUACAUUUACUUCAAACGACUGACUUGUACCUCCUUCAAGACAACGUGUGGGGAUAUGGCGAAUGACGAAGCCAUUGACUUCAAGCUCAGAAGCAGAUGCGCUUGCAGAAUGUUACAAGAACGCUGGACACUGGGGAUCACGAAUAGAAAUCUUAUCUAUUACGAACGGACCAUUAGAAAAGUUAUUUUUUUUAAAUUUUUUUUUCGUUAUCAAAUUCCUUCUUGAAUUUCAGUUUUAGACCGUAGCAUGGAUAUUUUUUAGGGUUAAUUGGCGUGCAUGAAAUUUUUUUUCAUUUAAUUUUCCCUUGCGCGAAUAUUUCUUUUGUACUUCGCCCGUCCCACCCCCGCCCAAUGUUUCUUUCAAUUCACGAAAAGUGACAUUUAGCACAGCAGAAAUUACAUACUUGGUUCCACCAGUGGUGAUGGGAUGAAAAUAUGUACACAAUUUUUUGUUAAGACAUCUUUUGUUUUGAUAAUGCCCACGUCUCGAAGCAAUGAAAAUCUUCAGCGAGGCUACCAAUUAAAUUCUUCAUUUUCAAAACGCAUGUUUUACGUUUGCUUUUCGCCUGCUUUUAGAGGAUCCAGACCCCGGACCCCGGGAUCUUGAAAGCUGUAAUCUGAUAUUACUGUUGAACGUAAUGCAUACUGAGUCACAAACGUUCGCAUGGGCGCUUUUAAUAUCCUUCAGAUUGGCGCUUCCUUCUGCGGUGUCCAGCAGCAUUUUGAGACAAACGUUUUUGACAGAUAAGGAAGAGAGGGUUUCCUACGUGUUUACUAAGCGAUCUUCGUUAGAAAGCAUGCGUGUUAGUUAUGAGUCUCAAACAGAGUUUAAUAUAGAAUGGCAAACUUGAACAGAUGGCAACGGGAAACAUUUUGCCGUGAAACUAGACCUGAAACAAAGAAUAGGGUAAGUACUUUAACUUUUAGAACUUUGUGCGUGAAUAUUACCAGGACUUUUUAGGAGAGACGUUAUGACCUUUGCCUGGUCGACUGACAAUGGUCACGCAUAUGUUAAAGAUGGCGUUACUUUAUGUUGUCUGUAAAACGAUUUUCAAAUAAUUUCUGAUAAGCUCAAAAUGAUUUCCCCAAAAUAAUUUUUACAUAGCAUAAACGUUUGAUGGUUGUAGUGUAUUUCCCUUCAAUCUGAAAAAAUUCUGAUCAAAGGCACAUGAUGAAAAUCGUCGCUGUUUUCAACGACCUUUCGUCGCUAAAUAUCAGGUAACCGUACGCUUUAGCUUUUUUAUAAUUACUCAUACUGAUGUAAUGCUAAAAAUAUUAUAUAGUUCGAUCAACGACGAGUUAAACUUAAAAUUUUAGCAAUAACUUUUUUUCCUAGCGCGAUUGUAUUGGAACGCGAGUCCAGCGAAUCAUGAUGAUUUCAACCCAGUUUUUGGCUUGCGAAAUCGCUUGUGGGGCUUGAAACGGUUUUCUUCGUUUUUCUCGGAAACGAAUAGAUCUUUCGAAGAAAAAACUACAUAGCGUUUGUAGACUUACUAAAGUGUACCACUCUGCAAAAGAAGAGCGAUUUUGAUUUUUUGAGCCUUGCCACGAAUCGGCGAUUUUGGUCGAUUUUUGCAUGGAUUCGCUCUUAAACCAUAUUAAAAUAUAUUUAAAACUCUUUUAAAGCAAAGUCAAGGAAGAAAUUUCAAAUUUAGCAAAAACAACAAUCAUUAAGCUGUACCGUUGUUGGGACAGGCAAUUUUCUUCCAUCAUCAAUUCAGGGUACGAAAUUUACUCUAAAUCGAGUUCUUACUUUGUACUGUUUGAGUCAUUUCAUGACACUUACCUACUUUCACAAAAAUUUGCAGAAACAGUGGGAUUUUCAAAUACAGGGAACUCUGUUAAUGCAGACACGGAGGGGGGGCAUUACUAGUGAGAAAUGAAACAAGACAGUGGCAUCGAUCGUCAAACUCAACUCUGUAUAACUUAUCCUGCCUACUGAAACACCGUGAACAUUGACAUGCUAUCGCAUGAGGUUUCUUUUUUACACUUGAAAGAAGUAAAUGCAUAUUACAGGUCAUAUUACAGCAAAAAGGUCACAAGAAAGAAACCGUAUUAGCAAGGUUAACACUCUAUGAGCAGUCAUGGCUUAAUCUUUCGACUGGACAAAAAAAGUUUCUUUUUUACAAGUAGUUAGGUUAGUAACUUUUUAGUGACUUUUUUUGUUAAUAAAAAAAACGUAACUAUGGUUGUCUUUAUCAAUGGAUGUCUGCAUAAAGUGAGUAGAAUUUAGAGAAAAAGUAAAGAUUUUCCUUAGGGUCUAGGGUCGGAACUUUCGUUUGACAAGGUGUUUGUGGCGUUUGUAUAGCGGGUGUACGUAAAAUAGGGUUUGAAUAAUUUAAUAAAUGAUACUGUCCUUGGUGCAACACGAUGCCUGGCUGGUGUUAGUUGCUUUCCAAUAGAAAAAUUGCAGAAAUAAAUCACGAUUUUUUAAAAAAAUUUAUAUGGACAAGGGAUUAGGAGACUCUGUUUUAGAACAUAAUCAAUGAAAAUGCUGGAUUUUAUUUGUAGCAUGCGGUUUUCGCUUCUCCAGAAGCUAAAAGGUCCUGAUUGUUUACAUGUAACAAACUAAUAGACGUAGUUUUAUUCCCCGGCUAAUAUUCUUGUUCUUGGGGAAUCAUGCAAUUCAGGCCGACAAAAAGGAGGAAGAUUACAAAACGUUUCCCGAAUUUUUAGGAAUUCCCAAGCAGAAAACUAAUCAUUUUAAGCUGAACUGAUCAUUGAUUGGUGCUUUACGAAUGUUUAGGUGUUUAGCUGGCAUGGAUGACCUUUAAAUACCGCUAGCCUGUGUGACUGGAGACGCCAUAAAAGGGGAAAGGAGCCAAAAAGGGAGAGUGGACUGGGGAGAGUAGGAAAGGACUCCCUCUCCAUUUACUAUUACGCGUAUUGCUCCCCACCCCUCCCACCCCCGUCCACGCCCCUUUUUUGCGCUAUCAAGUACUAGAGUUCGUAUAAGACCUGUAUGAAACCUGCAACUGAGACAUAUGUACUUCGAUUUUUAUUAGGUUUGCUGGAUUUGACGCUGUUACCCUCGCUAACAAUCAUUUAAACGACUUUGGCGAAAAAGGGGCCAACUUUACAAUUGAGGUUUUAAAGAAAACAGGCGUAAAAUAUUUUGGUGUCACUUAUGGAAAGUAUGACACAUCCCAGGUCAGUAUUACAUGCAGUGACAUUCAGCAUUGAGAUAAACCAAAGAUGCUUCCAAUCUCUGUAAAACUCCUUCGAAGACUUUAUUUAUACUUCGAAGAGAUUUUCUGUUCUGUUUUCACUACUCUAUGUGGUCUACUCGUCUCCCAAAUUUUUGUUUGGGGGCUAAGGAUCCGCUCACCCCGCGCGAAAAGGCGAACGCCGCCCCCUCCCCUUAUCUCUGCUCCGCCGUCUUAUUUUAUUGGAAAUUUGCCCUGAGAACCUGACUGCAAAAACAGCUCGGAUUUUCACAUUGGCUCAGAACGCGCGCUCGCAUGCAAGCGGGCAAAGGAAAGGUUUGGACUGGGGGUAAAAACGGAGAAUGAGUUUGAUGAGAAUGAGUUAGUCAUUCGUGACAUUCGACUUGGUGUACAUCUUUUUUGCCUUUGGUUCUUCCUUAAUACUAUUCAUGGUGUGGCUUUUCUUCUCGUUGUUCAUAAGUCUUGCUAAGGUGCUUAACCUUCAUUGUUACUUUCCAAGCAUAGCUGGUAGUCUUAGCUCGUUUUCAUCAUUUAAAUCUGUGGUAUACUGAUUAUUUUUUUUCCUGAUUUUCUUGUCUUCGUGCCGGCGCACUGACAGCUCGUUUUCUUGGAUCGUUGGUGAUCUCUAGCUAUUUUUAAAUGAUCGUCAUUAUUGUCUUUUCUUGCAGGAACCCCUAAUCUUGGAGGUAAAAGGAUUAAAGAUUGGAGUCCUUGGUUAUUGUGACAGUCCUUCGGCGAACGAACUAAACUGCACUGAACUAAGAAGGCAAUAUAAUGUUGGUCCUGCAGUUUAUAGCGAUGCUAUUGCAACUAAAGAUGUCAGCAAUUUGAAAAAGGUAGUCUCCUUACUUUGUUUAUAACAUUCUGUAAAAUUAUACUGUUUUGGAGUGUCAUUUGGCAAAACAAAACCGCGAUGAAGUUCAAGGCAGUACUGACUUACCAAGUUCAAAAGGAUGCCCGUUAUAAAUUGUGAGAGUCGCGGCUAAGGAGUAAAGCUCUGGGUUCAGGCCCUCCCGGAAUCAUUGUGUUGUAUUCUUAGGCAAGACACUGUUCUCUCUCGAGCAGUACUUCACUCCACCCAAGUGCAUAAUUAGAUACCGGUGAAUUUUUGGUUUAAUCAAGCUUAGAUCUGAUAAUGAGACACUUGGCUCGAAUGACAAACCAGGGACAGCAGCAAAUCUCUUUCUGUUGCGUGUUUGGGAAUCCAAUGUAAAUUUGCUCAUUCUUACUUACUUUUCAAAUCCUUCAUCACAAUUGUCUUGUUUGAGAUCUUAUAUUAGAAAACGGAUUAAGUGUCUUCAUCAAAACUCUUCUAUAUUAUCGUAAAGAGUACUCGGGUUACCCUCUGUUCCGGGCGAAAAGGGGAAUCUCCCGUCGUUUUCCCCCUCGUUUUCCCCGUGUACACGUUUUCACCCGCUCCCCACUAUCCGACCUCCGCGCUCCACAGUAACUGAACGCCUAAGACAGGCUAUAUCUUCGUACGCCCAGCUCUUUUCUUGGUGUUUGAUAAACCAUAGAACACUCUGCUAUCUUUUGCCGUAAAUUAAUAAAAUCACGGUAGGACUUUCGACACAUUAUGAAUAUCACAGAAUUCUCACGAACGUAACCUAAUUAACUCUAACCUUUGCUUCCCUUAUUGAACGCUAAAAUGUAGCUACUGUUUAUUGUUAAGGCCAAAGUGGACAUCAUUGUAGUUCUCAUGCACUUCGGAGAAGAACUUUUUUCAAAAGCUCUCCCUUAUCAGCUUCAUAUAACAAAGCAUCUCAUGUCCCUUGGCGUGCAAGUCAUCAUUGGAGCACAUCCGCACGUGCUUCAGCAACAUUGUGUCCAUGACAACAAGCUGGUGGCCUACAGUUUGGGGAAUUUCUUGUUCCAUCCGAGAAGACCAAUGAGCGGAGUCAACCCGGUAAUACAUGACACUAAGGCCAGAUAAAUGAUCACAAAAACUGAUCAAGGUCGUCAUCUAUCUGGCCUUGUCUACUACAUCAUAAACCUCCCAUGUUAUGUUAACAGUGACAAUAUUAUCAAACGCAAACACCGGGAUCACACGGAUCCAAAACAAUCUCUAUGUGUAACCGAUUGUUUAUAUUUUAUAGUAAAUGUACUGGAUUUACCGUUUGCUUCACCUACAGCGAUAUAUAUAAAUCACUGUUUUCCGCAGGCUAAUUUUUUCCUGGUAAUGAAGAGGACAGCAGGUAUAUUUUAGGUCGUGUGAUACGUUUUAAAGGACCUUCCUCUUAAUUAUGCCAAAGAGGUAAAUUAAUUCAUUUCUGUGAUACUGUGACAAUUAGCAAAUGGAAUAAGCUGACAUGGAAUUAGAGACACAUGAAGCGUUUUCCUUAUGAGCUAACGAUUACCUUUAUCCUUUGCAUUUAUUUAUUUAUUUACAGGGUGUGUAUGGACGAUUUGGCAAAAAACCUAAUGAAAAAUUAAUAGAUGCUUACGAGCAAUUUGUUCUUGGAAACUGUAACAACUUGAAGAUGAGUCGAAUUCUUAAAGUUACCUUGUCAAGGUAGGAGGAAGAACUGAAAUCUGUAAUGUACGAUAGUUUUUAAACCAGCUCUUUAGAAAUGCUAUUUUGGCCAUGGAUAAUCCAUUAUUUUUGUUACCUUAGUUUUAUUUACACGAUAUACAUACGCCUAGGUGAUGACGAACAAUCACGUGUUUAUAGGCCGGUUGAAGCUCCCAAUCACGUGAUAUGCUCGAUGCGCUUAAAUUUUGGGCUACAACAUAAGCAAUUCCAGAGAUGAACAAAACAUGAGGAAAUUAGCCAGAAAUCCUAUUUUGAGGCGAAUGACACAAAAAGUAACAUUUUAUGAGACAGUCUGCAACAAAAUGCUGGGGGUUUGUACGCCAAAUUGGUGGACCGCGCCUUAUUUUUCUGAGUUUACUAGAUUUCAGCUGACAUUUGAGUUGUUUUGUUUCUUUCAGAAAUGGUGUUUUAGGGGCUUCUUAUCUACCUGCAAAAAUCGUAUUUGAUCCUAAAGUUAAACGAAUUCACCCAGAGCCAAUAAAGGAAGCCAAAUGGAUUACAGUUUGUGGAAAGGAGGAUAAGCAAUGUGUAGACAAUUGCGAUGAUCCCCCACCAAGAAAAAACCAAACUUAAUCUGGCUAACCUUAAUUUCCAAUUUGCUGUUAAUACAGUCGACUCCCGAUAACUCGAACCUUCGCUAACUCGAACCUCGCGCUAACUCGAACCAAAAUCGAUUU